UCUCUUUUCAGCUUUAUACUGAAAUAUCUUCUCCUUCAUCACAUACAGAUUAAAUUUCUACAUUUUUACAGAAUUCUUCAGAUACUUCCUUUUAGCCACAAAUGUAAGGAGUACCAAACCCAAGUGGAACUAUGUUAUCCCCACUAGCAAAAGCAUGCAGCUUACUCAGUUUUGGUCAAAUGGCAAAGACUCUGGAAAUCAGACACUUGAUUCUCACACUCAGGUGGAGUCCAACCGAUCCAGUUCCCUACAUAUAAAAUGAUUCCCUAAACAGUUCUUCAAUUCAACAUCUUAUGAAGACAGCAAAAAGAUGUGAAAUGGCACAACCCACAUUCUAAGAUGGAGUCUCCCUCUGUCGCCCAGGCUGGAGAGCAGUGGUGCAAUCUCGGUUCAUGGCAACCUCCACCCCUCAGGUUCAAGUGAUUCUCUGGCCUCAGCCUCCCAAGUAGCUGGGAUCACAGCGUUAAAUUUUAACCAGAAGAUUGGGAUAAAAGGCAACACAGUACCAUGCAAGCAUAGCCACUUUGACAACGUUUCUGAGCCGGGGGUGACCAUGACCUGCUGCGAAGGAUGGACAUCCUGCAAUGGAUUCAGCCUGCUGGUUCUACUGCUGUUAGGAGUAGUUCUCAAUGCGAUACCUCUAAUUGUCAGCUUAGUUGAGGAAGACCAGUUUUCUCAAAACCCCAUCUCUUGCUUUGAGUGGUGGUUCCCAGGAAUUAUAGGAGCAGGUCUGAUGGCCAUUCCAGCAACAACAAUGUCCUUGACAGCAAGAAAAAGAGCGUGCUGCAACAACAGAACUGGAAUGUUUCUUUCAUCACUUUUCAGUGUGAUCACAGUCAUUGGUGCUCUGUAUUGCAUGCUGAUAUCCAUCCAGGCUCUCUUAAAAGGUCCUCUCAUGUGUAAUUCUCCAGGCAACAGUAAUGCCAAUUGUGAAUUUUCAUUGAAAAACAUCAGUGACAUUCAUCCAGAAUCCUUCAACUUGCAGUGGUUUUUCAAUGACUCUUGUGCACCUCCUACUGGUUUCAAUAAACCCACCAGUAACGACACCAUGGCGAGUGGCUGGAGAGCAUCUGGUUUCCACUUCGAUUCUGAAGAAAACAAACAUAGGCUUAUCCACUUCUCAGUAUUUUUAGGUCUAUUGCUUGUUGGAAUUCUGGAGCUCCUGUUUGGGCUCAGUCAGAUAGUCAUCGGUUUCCUUGGCUGUCUGUGUGGAGUCUCUAAGCGAAGAAGUCAAAUUGUGUAGUUUAAUGGGAAUAAAAUGUAAGUAUCAGUAGUUUGAA